UCGCAUGCCAUAAGAAAACAAAGUAAAAUGAGAACGAAGAAUAACACUUACUUUAACUAUAUUUUUAAACGUACCCUGGCCUUACCAACUAAGUGAAAGUGACAAACAAUUCCACUGAAAACUAUCUGCACCGGAUCCUCAAACAUAAAUAGGCAAUGAAUAACAAAAACAGCUGUCCGAUCUGGAGACAUAAACAUGACUCAUCGUGGCGUCAAAGACAACAAUAAAUACGCGGUAAACGCUUUUGUUGUGGCCCGAUUCUACAUUUAAAGCAUUCCAGUGUAGGCAGCGAAGACAAAUAUACGCCCACAAACACCAAACAACCAGUGUCAAUAUGUUCGAUUUCAAUUUGGAAUGUGCUCGAGGUGGCGCAAAUUUCACCACGGAUCUUUUCACACGGCUGGCCGCAGGCGGUCUUACUAACAACAUCGUCUUCUCACCCUUCUCCAUACAGACGUGCGUGGCAUUGGCAUUUGCCGGCGCUCAGGGAGAGACUGCCGAUGAGAUUGCCAAGGCCUUGCACUAUGUGUCCAACUUUCCCCCCGAGGUGGCCGAAACUUUCCAAUUUGUGCUGGAAAAGUACAGGAACAGCGACCUAUUAAAGAUAGCCAACAAGCUGUAUGUGCAGCAGGGUAAGGAGCUGAAGGCAGACUAUAGUGCUGCCAUCAAGGAGCACUAUAAUUCUGAAGCAGAGUCCAUAAAUUUUGCCGCAAAUGAGGAGGCAGCCCAGUCUAUCAAUAGUUGGGUCAAUGCGAAAACUAAUGGAAAAAUAAGCGAACUCGUAUCGGCCUCUAAUUUCAAUGAGCUUACGCGCAUCGUUUUGCUGAAUGCAAUCCACUUCAAGGGCAGUUGGGUGCACAAAUUCGAUGAGGCAAGUACCGCGGAGGAUGACUUCUGGGUGGGCGAGGAACAGUCAGUAAAGGUGCAGUAUAUGAAUCAGAAGGCCAAAUUUGGCUACGGAUACUUUGAGGAAUUGGGCUGCACUGCCCUAGACAUGCCUUAUAAGGACUCCGAUCUGUCCCUGCUUGCACUGUUGCCACAGGAACGCGAGGGACUGAAGGAUCUUGCUGAGAAACUAAAGUCAAUUAACCUAGUGGACUUGGCCGGCAAACUAAAUGAGGAAGAGGUGCAGGUUAAAUUCCCAAAAUUCAAAAUCGACUAUUCCUUGGAUUUGGGCGAAAAACUAAAACAGCUUGGCAUCAAUAAAAUGUUUACGGAUGGCGCGGAAUUCGAUAAUCUGUUGGAAUCCCCCGAGGGCUUAUCCGUUUCGAACGUCUUGCACAAGGCCACCAUUGAGGUGAACGAGGAGGGAACCGAGGCCGCUGCAGCUACUGGCAUUAUAAUGAUGACACGAAUGAUGCUCCUCCCACUGCAGUUUGUAGCCGAUCGCCCAUUCUUUUAUGUGAUAUGGAACAAGAGAAAUAUUCUGUUUGCGGGUGCCUUUGUUAAUGCACCAACUGCUUAAGUGAAUUCAAAUUUUUAUUUAAUUGUCGUGCUGUAACGUAUUUGAUUUAAUAAACGCACAACGACUAAAUUUUCUAUUGAA